AUGGACCUAGCGUUGGUCCGGCCUCUGUUUGAUCGCCCUGAGCUUCCUAUCUCAUAUCCCCGACAGAUAGCAGUACAGGCCGAGGCCGAAUGUUGCCCGGGUGGUCCUGGCAGUGACGGAUGCCGGAAGUUGGAACAGUGCUGGACUUUUCUAGAUGGUUUCAGGCCUGACGAUCAAACCCAGGCCCGUUGCACAGAGAGCGGGCCAAGCCUUCCCUUGCUGGAAAUGCGACCUUUCUUCUUCGCAGAAGGACAGAAAGGCAAGCCGGCAGAGGCGGCCGUAAUUUAUGGCCCCAUUAGUCUCGCUAUGCUUCCGACUGUUGCUACUGGAUUCGAGCCAUCCCGACUCCAUCCUAACUCCAUCCUAAUCCCCAUCCUUACGCCGUUCUUCCACAUUGUUUCGCAACAACUCCGAGAACUAUUGCGAGAUAUCGUGAGAACUUACGUAGUCUGCUCCGAAGAGGCGUCCAGACUAAAAGACAUGGCUUUGAAUAACUCUAAAUGUGUAUGGGUGCGAGCUAUCGGCGCCCUCUCGGGAUGCUCGGUCUUUCGGACUUCUCCCAAAUGCAGCAACCAGCCUCCGGCAUUUUUGACUGGGUCUUCGGAGAAUUUAUCAUGGGUAGCAAGGGGUCUCUUCCCACCGACCCUGAUCGAUGACAGUGCUCAGAUAUCAGCCUGUCUAUUUUUGUGUUUUCUUGGUGGUCCCUGACCUCUCCUGACCGGCAUACCCAUGAUGCACCCCCUUUUUUUUGCCCAGCACACGCAGUCGUUGUAGUCUGCACAGUGCACGGUGACUAUCUCUGUAGGUC